GAUUAAAGUGCAGGAAGACGAACGCGCGCUGCCCCUCAGCCCGGCCAGCAAACAUGGCGGCGGUUAUGCUGAGGUCGCUCUCCAGCCUCGGACGUCCUUCAGCAGCGAUACUAAACAGCAGUGUUUUGACUCCCGGGUGCGCUUUGCUUCAAAAGAGGCAGAAGCAAUGGCAGCCAGAUGUGGAGUGGGCAGAGCAGUAUGGUGGGGCAGUGAUGUACCCCAGUGCCAUCACUGACAAAUGGAACCCACCACCGUGGAACGACAAAGACCCCCCGGUGGAGAAAGAGGUGUCCAACCUCACCAUAAACUUCGGCCCCCAGCACCCUGCUGCCCACGGCGUGCUUCGCCUGGUGAUGGAGCUGAGUGGAGAGUCAGUGAAGAAGUGUGACCCUCAUAUUGGUCUGCUUCACCGCGGCACUGAGAAACUCAUAGAGUACAAGACCUACCUACAGGCCCUGCCAUACUUCGACAGGUUGGACUAUGUGUCCAUGAUGUGUAAUGAACAGGCCUACUCCCUGGCAGUGGAAAAGCUGCUGAACAUCCAGGCUCCACCCCGCGCCCAGUGGAUCAGAGUGCUGUAUGGAGAGAUGACCCGUAUUCUUAACCACAUCAUGGGCAUCACCGCACACGCUCUGGACAUUGGAGCCAUGACCCCCUUCUUCUGGAUGUUUGAGGAAAGAGAGAAGAUGUUUGAGUUCUAUGAGCGCGUGUCCGGGGCCAGAAUGCACGCAGCUUAUGUUCGACCAGGAGGAGUCCAUCAGGAUAUGCCCCUGGGUCUUAUGGAUGAUAUUUACGAGUGGUGCAAGAACUUCUCCAUACGCAUUGAUGAGGUGGAGGAGAUGUUGACCAACAAUCGCAUCUGGAGGAACCGAACUGUUGAUAUUGGGGUUAUUGGAGCAGAAGAUGCACUCAACUGUGGCUUCAGUGGGGUGAUGUUGAGGGGUUCUGGCAUUAAGUGGGAUUUGAGGAAGUCUCAGCCUUAUGAUAAAUAUGAUGAGGUGGAGUUUGACGUACCUGUCGGAAGUAAUGGUGACUGCUAUGACCGGUACCUGUGCCGAGUGGAGGAGAUGAGGCAGUCUUUAAGAAUUAUGCACCAGUGUCUCAACAAGAUGCCUGAAGGAGAGAUCAAGGUGGAUGAUGCCAAAGUUGCACCACCCAAGAGAUCUGAGAUGAAGAUGUCAAUGGAGUCGCUGAUCCAUCAUUUCAAACUGUACACAGAGGGUUACCAGGUACCCCCAGGAUCCACAUACACGGCUGUUGAAGCACCAAAGGGUGAGUUUGGCGUGUACCUCGUCUCUGAUGGUUCCAGCAGGCCCUACCGCUGCAAGAUCAAAGCCCCUGGCUUUGCUCAUUUGGCUGGUUUAGAUAAAAUGUCUAAAGGACACAUGCUUGCUGAUGUUGUGGCCAUUCUUGGCACUCAGGACAUUGUGUUUGGUGAGGUGGACCGUUAAAGAACUGUAAUGGCCAGUUUGUGUACACUUGUUUAGUUCUGUCCUUUGGAUUCACUGCAGUGAUCAUUCAAUAAAGCCUCUUCAUGUACAAAAGCUUAUUAAACCUAAUAAAUAUUUUAAGUCUGUCA